CAUGGAUGAAACUGGUGUGACCACAGUGCAGGCCCCAGAGAAGAUAAUAGCCACAAAAGGAAUACGCCAGAUUGGAGCAAUGACCUCUGGAGAAAGGGGUAAGCUAGUGACCGUUGCCGUGGCCAUUAAUGCCCUGGGGAAUUCGAUCCCUCCAUUUUUUGUUUUUCCCCGCAAACAAUUUUACUCUCACUUCAUCCAUGAAGGGCCACCUGCAUCAGCUGGAGCAGCAAAUGGGUCUGGUUGGAUGCAGGCAGAGGAAUUUUUGCAGUUCCUCCUCCACUUUGCCAACCAUACAAAGCCCUCACUGGACUCCAAGGUACUUCUCUUACUGGACAAUCACGUGUCCCACCUGUCUGUCCCAGCCAUGGAUUUCUGUAGGGAACGGGGCAUCGUUCUACUUACUUUUCCGCCACACUGCAGUCAUAAGCUCUGUCCCCUGGACAGAACAGUUUUUCGCUCUUUCAAAGGGAGGGUCAACACGCACCUGGACCACUGGAUGAAAGCUCACCCUGACCAGAACGCCACAAUAUACGACCUCCCUGGGAUUGUUGCAAAAGCGUUGCCACAGGCAGCAACGCCUGAGAACAUCAUGUCAGGUUUCAGGUGCACUGGCAUCUGGCCCUACAGCCCUGAUGUGUUUGGAGAAAAUGACUUUGCUCCUGCAUAUGCAACCGACAGACCAGAGCCAACUACAUCCUCUGCAGGUUCUGCCACACUCCACCAGGGCUCCUCUGCUCUCCACCAGGGCUCCUCUGCUCUCCACCAGGGCUCCUCCGUUCUCCACCAGGGCUCCUCCGUUCUUCACCAGUCCGCUCUCCACCAGGGCUCCUCCGUUCUCCACCAGGGUCCUCCUCCGCUCUCCACCAGGACUCCUCUGUUCUCCACCAGGGCUCCUCCGUUCUUCACCAGUCCGCUCUCCACCAGGGCUCCUCCGUUCUCCACCAGGGCUCCACCGCCCUCCACCAGCACCAGUCCGCUCUCCACCAGGGCUCCUCCGCUCUCCACCAGGGCUCCUCCAUUCUUCACCAGUCCGCUCUCCACCAGGGCUCCUCCGCUCUCCACCAGUCCGCUCUCCACCAGGGCUCCUCCGUUCUUCACCACUCCGCUCUCCACCAGGGCUCCUCUGUUCCUGAAUUCAAUCCUACUUUAGUCAGGCCCUUCCCUAAGGCUCCUCCAAGAAAAGCAGUUGCCAAGCCCCGAAAGAGGGCAACAAGUACCAUCCUCACAGACACUCCAGUCGUUGCAGAGGAAGAGAUAAAAAAAGAGCAAAAAAACGGCUCAAAAGAAAAGAAGCCUUGGUGGGAAAAAGCAAAGUAAAGCAAGUAACUCGGAGAACUGUCUUGUGUGUGGUGAGGAUUUUACAUCCUCUGCACCUGGAGAGAAAUGGGUUAAAUGUGUUUUUUGUGAUGGGUGGGCACAUGAGUUAUGCACCGAAGGACAUGAACAUUAUGUUUGUCAUGUGUGUGAUGAAGAGUAAGUUGUAGUAAUGAGUAGUUUCUACACGUUGUGCAUGCAGUGGUAUGUUGAAAAUGUUUCCACUUACUGUGAGAUUAACA